CUAUAAUCACUCUAGUUGGAACUAGAGCAACUUAUGGCAAUGCUGAUGGGAGUACAAUCAUCACAUCAUGCUCAGAAGGGACCCGUAUCAUACUUUGGCAUGGGAAACUGGGAAGAUUGUGGGGAAUGUUGAUACAAAUCAGCUAAAAAACACCAUGGCAGCAAUAUCUCCAAAUGGGCGUUUAGCUUUUAUCGACAAUGUGAAGAAACACACUCUUAGUUUCUGUGGUUCUGACGUUCAGAAAGAAGCAUUUAGCGCCUCAAUUCUAUUUCUAAGAAUUAAUUUGCCUGCUGUAGGUUAUCCAAUAGCAGUUGCAUUUGUUGACGCCACAUCUUCUGUAGUUGUGGCUUCCCAAGCUCUUUAUGGUUCUUCUUUAUACAUGGACCGAUAUCACACUUUGUCAUGGGAAACUGGGAAGAUUGUGGGUAAUGUUGAUACAAAUCAUCUCAAAAACACCAUGACGGCGAUAUCUCCAAAUGGGCGUUUCAUUGCAUCUAUAACUUUUACCGAUGAUGUGAAGGUGAUUCUUUAA